AUGAGUUGCCGAUACGCAGUUGUAUAUGAUAAGAAGGCGGAUGAUGAUGAUGACGACGACGAUGAUGACGAUGACGACGAUGACGACGGUGAUGAUCAUGUUGAUGAGGGUGAUAAGCAUGGUGAUGAUAAGGAUGACGACGUCUAUGCUGGUGAGCAUUGGUCGCCCAGUCCGCAUCAGUGGGAGCUACUGAUGGGGCUGCAGCCUAUCGAGGAAAGACAAAGGAUUUCUCGUUUUCAUUUCAAGAAAGAUGCAAAGUUGGCCUUGGCCGGCAGGACAUUGCUUCAGCAUGCUGCAAGCACGGCCUUGAACCAACCGUUCGGCAUGAUCCUCUUCGGUCGCACUGCAGAAGGAAAGCCAUAUGUGAAGGGACCUGACGACGGUCGGCAUGUCAUGCCUUGGUACAACCUCAACUUGUCGCACCACGGAUCAUGGGCUGUUGUGGCGGCAGAAGAGAGUUGUUUGGUGGGAACAGAUGUGAUGACGGUGAAGCCGCAAAGAAUGGGAGAAGACGCAGAGACGUUUCUCAACGACUUUGUUGACUGUCUGACCGGCCACGAGUGGAACCAAAUAAGAAAAGUCGGGAGGGAUAGCAAUGCGUUGCUGUUUGCUUUCUUCGUGUUCUGGGCUCUCAAGGAAUCAUACAUCAAGGCGGUGGGGAUUGGACUUGGUUUGUCCCUGACAAGGAUCGAGUUCGAUGUGGAGGAGGAACUUCUGUCAAGCCGACCAAGGGACACGCAUGGGAUCCUGCGGAGGAACGCGGCGACGAUGAAACUAGACGGGGUUACAAGAAGCGACUGGAGCUUUGAGGUGGGUCAAGUGGACGAGGAGCACGUGAUGGCGGUAGCAUGCGGACCGCUCUCCGACGCCAUCGGCUCCUUCAUGCAGGCGCUGCGAGCUCGAGCGAAACUAGAGGAACCCCCUUCCCGUCGAGGAGAUAUCCCAGGAGAAGUCCAGCUGAAGUAUCUGGAGUUUCACGAGCUGCUGGGGCAGGAGCUGGGGGAGGCAUAUGGCGACGGGAAGUGA